GACACACAAGGGGGCAGGACUGCCACACUAAGAAAGGACUGCAGUAAACUUUUUUUUUUUGACUUGCAGCUGAGUUUUUUUUCCUGCCCAUCAUCAUCAGCACGUACCUAGCGCUUGGGAGGAAGGAUGACUAUACUGCCCACCUAAAGUCUAUUGUAAGACAAGGCAUCAUUAGUAGAACGGCAACGAGUCGCCCUGAAUCUGAAGUGUCGCAGGCUGCAGACAUUUAAAGCAGCUAAAGUGGAAAGGUAUCAGCUGGGACAGGAGCAGUGCGACAAAGAGCUCUUUGUACAGGAGCUGGAGGAGAAGCAGCAGCAGCAGCAGGCGGGUGGGUCGGGGCUGGUGCUUGGCCAGUGUUGCCCCUUACCUCGCCUGACUUGCACUGCUCUCUGGGAACUUUGGAUACUUUGCGCCGUUACUUAUUCUCUGGGGAUGUCCAGGACCAGGAGCCAGAAUGGGGGGAUUGGAUGUGCCCUGCUCGGGCUUCUCGUGGCUGCCAUACUGCUGCCUGUACAAGCUUCAGGUGAAAUGGAAAUACCAGACUUGAAUGACCCACUGGGACAAAUGGAAAGCCACGACAGGCUCGGAGCAACUCCUAGAGGCCGGAGGUUGUAUGGUGCUUCAGGGAUGGACAGAGGAUACUAUUUGACGUUUCUAGAACCUGUGAACAAUAUCACAAUUGUGCAAGGUCAGGCAGCAACACUCCAUUGCAAAGUGUCCGGGAAUCCACUCCCCAAUGUAAAGUGGCUGAAGAACGAUGCACCUGUGGUUCAGGAGCCCAAGAGAAUUACCAUUAGGAAAACAGACUACGGCUCACGAUUACGGAUACAAGACCUGGACACCACCGACACUGGCUAUUAUCAGUGUGUCGCCACCAAUGGGAUAAAGACCAUUACUGCAACUGGAGUCCUCUUUGUUAGGCUUGGACCAACAAACAGCCCUAACCCGAACAUCCAGGAUGACUACCACAAAGAUGGGUUUUGUCAGCCCUACAGGGGAAUUGCCUGCGCAAGAUUCAUUGGCAACAGGACCAUAUAUGUCGACUCACUUCAGAUGCAAGGGGAAAUCGAAAACCGAAUUACAGCUGCCUUUACAAUGAUUGGCACUUCCACCCAUCUCUCUGACCAGUGCUCUCAGUUUGCAAUCCCAUCAUUUUGCCACUUCGUGUUCCCUCUCUGUGAUGAUCAAACUUCCAAGCCAAGAGAGCUGUGCAGGGAUGAGUGUGAAGUGCUGGAAAAUGACCUGUGCAGGCAGGAGUACAACAUCGCCCGCUCCAAUCCCCUCAUUCUCAUGCAGCUUCACCUACCAAACUGCGAAGAACUGCCAUUGCCUGAAAGUCCUGAAGCUGCCAACUGCAUGAGGAUUGGGAUCCCAGUGGAGAAGCUUAACAGAUAUCAGCAGUGUUACAAUGGGACUGGAACUGAUUACAGAGGAUCUGUCAGCGUCACUAAGUCUGGCCAUCAGUGCCAGCCAUGGAGUCAUCAGGUUCCCCAUAGUCAUUCACUAUCCAAUGCGGAUUACCCUGAAAUUGGUGGAGGCCACUCUUACUGCAGAAAUCCAGGAGGCCAGAUGGAGGGUCCUUGGUGUUUCACACAGAAUAAAAAUGUCCGCAUGGAGCUAUGCGAUAUUCCUGCUUGCCGUACACGUGACAACACAAAGAUGGAGAUUCUCUACAUCUUGGUCCCCAGCAUUGCAAUCCCACUGGUCAUCGCCUGCUUCUUUUUCUUAGUAUGCAUGUGCCGAAAUAAACAGAAAGCAGAAGGUUCUACACCGCAGCGCCGCCAACUCAUGGCCUCUCCAAGCCAGGACAUGGAAAUGCCCCUUAUGAAUCAGCACAAACAGCAGCCAAAAGUAAAAGAGAUAAACCUAUCAACUGUAAGGUUCAUGGAAGAGCUAGGUGAAGAUCGUUUUGGAAAAGUUUACAAGGGACAUCUCUUUGGUACCACUCCAGGGGAACAGACUCAAACUGUUGCCAUCAAAACACUUAAAGACAAAGUUGAAGUUGCUCUUCGUGAAGAAUUCAAACAUGAGGCCAUGAUGCGAUCUAGGCUUCAGCACCCAAAUAUAGUUUGUCUGAUUGGGACAGUGACAAAGGAGCAGCCCAUGAGCAUGAUAUUUAGCUAUUCUCCUCUUAGUGAUCUGCACGAGUUCUUGGUCAUGAGAUCACCACAUUCAGAUGUAGGCAGCACAGAUGACGAUAAGACUGUUAAAUCCACCCUAGAGCCCGCUGAUUUUCUUCAUAUUGUGACCCAGAUAGCAUCAGGAAUGGAAUUUCUUUCAAGUCACCAUGUUGUUCAUAAAGAUUUGGCUGCCAGAAAUGUUUUGGUGUUCGAUAAACUCAGCAUUAAAAUUUCAGAUCUCGGCCUGUUCCGGGAAGUAUAUGCUGCAGAUUACUAUAAACUGAUGGGAAACUCCAUGCUUCCGAUUAGAUGGAUGUCUCCAGAAGCGAUCACAUAUGGAAAGUGUUCUGUUGAUUCAGAUAUUUGGUCCUAUGGGGUCGUGGUGUGGGAAAUCUUCAGCUACGGGCUGCAACCGUAUUGUGGGUAUUCCAACCAGGAUGUCAUUGAAAUGAUCCGAAAUCGCCAGGUGCUGCUCUGCCCUGAUGACUGUCCUGCAUGGAUAUACACUCUAAUGCUGGAGUGCUGGAGUGAAUUUCCUGCUAGAAGACCAAGAUUUAAGGACAUACACACACGGCUAAGAACAUGGGAAAAUAUGUCCAACUAUAAUAGCUCUGCACAAACAUCUGGGGCAAGUAAUACUACCCAGACAAGUUCUCUAAGCACAAGCCCAGUAAGCAAUGUUAGCAAUGCUAGGUAUGUUGGGCCAAAGCCAAAAACUCAGCCAUUCCAACAGCCACAGUUUUUGCAAAUGAAAGGACAAAUUAGACCUAUGGUUCCUCAACCUCAACUCUACAUUCCAGUUAAUGGGUAUCAACAGAUGGCUGCUUAUUUUUACCCAGUUCAGAUACCAAUGCAAAUGGCUCCACAACAAAUGCCACCUCAGAUCAUACCCAAACCUGGAUCCCACCACAGUGGAAGUGGUUCCACCAGUACAGGAUAUGUCACAACAGCGCCCUCAAAUAAUUCCAUGGCUGACAGGGUUGCUCUCCUUGCAGAUGGGGCAGAUGAAGCACAGUUAACGGCAGAAGAUAUGUCUCCAAAUCCUGGUCAGGAAGAAGAAGGUUCUGUUCCAGAAACAGAAUUGCUGGGUGACAAUGACACAUCUCAAUUAGAUGCAACAGAUAUUCAGUCAGAGACUUAACAUGUGUUUUGCUGAAAAAGAAGACUUAUAAGAAAAGUUAACUUUAGCAUGAAUUUGGACAAACAUCUUCACACGGUGCCUAUAAUACAAUUGGAAUCUGAAGUUUGAGCCAUAAACAAUAAAAAUGUUUCAUUUAUGUGUUGACAGCAGCUUUUGUACAGAUUUUAGAACUCUUGGACUCAGAAUAUACGCCACCAUAAAAAAUGUAUGUACAGUUGCUGUGCAACAUAUGGCAGAUUUGCAGUGCACAUCAUGUGCAGCGAAGACUGUGAUUGUAAAUUUAGAUGAAUGUGCCCAUGAUGUUGUUAGGCAUAACAAGUAUAUACAAGUACAGCAAUGCUCUUAGAGUGCCUGGACCCCCCACAAAUAGAGCUUGUUGAACUAAAGCACACUCAAUGGUGAGUGUCUAGCUGUACGGAGUACAACAUUGAAAUGCAUCAGCAUACAAUUCAUCACUAUUGUUUGUUUUUUAUCGGGAACAUGGGGAGUAACCCCCUUCUCUAUUGCUGAUAAUUUUUACAGGGUGCAGUUCUUAUAUCUGUGAACCAUGUAUGCCAAACGCAUGAGCUUCCAGAUGUUGCUGGCUUACCCAUGAUCCUUAGCCAGCCAGUCACUGGACAGCCAGGUGAUUGGCAUCCGUGCAACAGAUCCUCUCAAUCUGAAGCCAAAAGUAUGGUCUACUGUGCACUAGCCAACCAAACAUUAAUGGAGGUGUUUGUUGCUUUUUUGUUGCUUCAGAGACUGCAAGUUUAUUAUAUCUGUUUUUAAUAGUUUAGUUUUAUACUAGACUUUAUAUUUUACAUGAAGAGAAAGCUGAUUGCAUAAGCAUCCUUAGGGUUGUAUUUGGAGACUACAGCAAUCAGAUUUUGCCCAUUCCUAAUUUUUUUCUCAAAUGUCUGUCUUUCUGCCAAAUCCAGUGUUUUUUUUAACAAACAAUAUGUUGUUCUGGUUGCUUUAUAAAAAAAAAUAAAUUGUGUACAGAC